AACACCGACCGACCAAUCAACACAGCAAAGUAUACAGAAAAAGAAACAGAGGCGAUCAUUUAAGAUUUUGCCAUUGACAAGCAUAGAAAAGUUUUUACUUUUCACUUCACAUCAACAGCCGCCAUUUUACUAAUUCGCGACUUAAGUAAAAAUUCGAGGAUAUUUCUUAGGUAAAUUUAUCUAAAUAAUUAUCCAAAACUGUGAAAAACUUAUGCGAAUGGUGAAAUUAAAGUGAUUGAAAAAUAAAUAAAUUGAGAAUUUUUGUGAUUUGAAUGAAUUAAGUGCGGAUUAAUGCAAAGUGUUUUUUCUCUCGUCUUUCGCGUACAUGUAGCAUACAUAUAUCUCACAAUAAAAAAUUUUUUUUCCUUCGUUCAUUAUACAUAUGUGUACAUUCGAAGCAAGCAGCAAUUCUCGUCAAAAGUGUGUAUGAAUGUACCGCAGCAAUAUUUGGGACUACACAUACUGAAGUUUUUCUUUUUCGAAGCGAAAAAGAAAAGUAAAACACUGCGAACGAAAAAGAAAUUAUUUGAUAAUUUUAUACAUCAUAAAAUAAAUUCAUCGGCAGUUCCGUAGCGCUUGUUAUCCAUUGUAUUAUGUGCAAGUGAGAGACUUUUUUUCUUAUUUUAAUGGUCGACGGCUAUCACCCAAACUAAAACGCUAAAUUAAAGUAGAAAAUGAAUUUUAUUCUCUCUCGCGUUUCCAUGAUUUAAUAAACAUACACCAGAACAACAAAAAAUUCAGAGUGUCUUUUGGCCGAAACAUGCAACAUCAGCGAUAAAUGAAAUUAUUUACAGCGAAAAAAAUUCAACAGCGGGCGAUAACACUUUGAAGAGAAAAAGAGUUUGUUAUUUUUUUUUUUCGUUCGUGAAAAGACUGAGGACCCGAAGGAAAAAUUGAGCAAAGCGUGAAAAAGGGAACAUUGUUUGUUGGCUUGAAUGAAGAGAAAAGCGAAACGAAUUUGGUAUGUGAAUUUAUUUGUUCGUGAUUUGUAUUCUGGACGCGGUGCUAAGAAAAUCAAGAAAAUCGUCCAUGAAUUCGACGACACCGAUUCCAAUGAGAUUUGGCCAAAUUUACAUGCUAUGAAAAAUACCGACACUGAUCAGAAUCGCUAAGUGGAUCGCAAACACGAGAAAAUGUCGCCAAUGCAAUACAUUCAUUUUUUGGCAAAUUAUUUAUCCCGACCAAUAAAUCCAUUGUGAUAAAUAUGGCCAACGACAGUGACUGUGGUUAAAUUCGGGCAAAAUUACGGCGAAAAUAUCGCGAGUGAAUUUUUUUUUUUUUUUGAGUUUAUUAAUGAAAAAAAAUCGCCUUCCGUGUACAGACAAAAAAAAAGACUUAAAACGAAAGAGAAAUUGUUUGAAUCAUAAAACAAAGUGCUGAAAAAAAUAUCAAACUAAUUUUCAAUAUUGAGAGAUAAAAACAAAGGGACCGAACCAAACGAAGCACUUCACGUUUUUGCUAGCAUUGAAUUAAAAAUAGUCGAGAAUGUGUCAUGUAUUUUGGUCCAGCUGUUGGUGCAAUGGACUGUACAACAACGAUUCAUAGGAAACGACGGAAAAGAGGAACAAACCAAUCGCAAUCAGUUUGCCUUUUCGACAUCGUUGACUGGACGACAAAGCAGAAUCUAUCGGCUCGAACAACAUCAGUAUCAACCACAAAAAUAUUAUCAUCUCAAAUCUUUAUCACGCAUCAAUCCACCACACGCUGUCGAGUCUCAUUGAAUGCUGUGCAGGUUUUCUAGUGUUUUUUUUUUCUGUGUGUGUGUUGAGAGAAGAACUGAUCCUUCCAUUUAUCCGAAGCCUUUCACUAAAAAGAACCACUGAACGAGAGUGGAACAGAAAAUAUACACAAGAAGAGAACUGCUUUGAGCGUCACACCAAGUCAAAGAGAUUUCCCGAAAGGCGCGCACACUCAUCAACAAACACAAGAGAACAAAAAAACCAAAAUAAGCGGUUUAAUGAAAACAAAGUUCAAGAUUGAAACAACACAAGUCUUCAAAACCCAUUCUAAAUAUUGUCUACCUACAAAACAAAUCAGUUGAAUUUUAUUCAUUACAAGCAAAAUGCAAUACACAUAAAAAUCGCAAAAUCGAAUCUAUCGCACGUCAACAAUACAAUUAUUUUGCACAACAUGUUAGCAUCAACGAUAUGAGACAUUCACAUAAAAAUGAUCAAAUACACAGCGCAACCUAUCUAGAUGGUGUUUAUUUUUAUAGAGCGCAACAAAAUAAAAUUUAAAAAAAUCGUUUGCAUUUUGUCUUCGAAUCAAAUAAAUAAAUGAAAAUAAGUGAUUUCGUUGCAAUUUUAUGCAUAAAUUAAAAAAAAAAAAAAAAAAAAGACUUAUUAAAAAGAGAAAAAAGAACAUUUUUUUAAAAACACAAAAUUACAAGUAACAAAAAGUGCCCCAAAAGUUAUCAUCGUCGAAAGAGAAGAGAAAAAACAAAGCAAAAACUAUCAACUUAUAGUUUUAAAACACUAAUUUAAAGUAAAGUUUAUGUUUAAAUUGACCAUAGAAUAAAAUUUAAUUUUGUUCCGGUCCCGUUUUAAAGUUAAUCCUUCAAAAUCGCAUCCUUAAUUAAUUGUGACAAUGGAUGAUCAACCUCCACCGAAACGAGUUAAACUUCGAAAUGAACCACUGGACGCACAAGAUUCCGAUGUGUCAAGUCUUGUGUUCAAUCUGGAGGAUAACUUACCAGAUGAACUCGUGUCCAGUGGGAACAAUUGGGCUGACAAUCUUGGCGCCAACAAAUCGACUGGACCGCCAGGAAACAAUCAACAGCAAAUGAAUGGCGAUGAUCCGACGGGUGUUCCAAAUGUUACGUGGAAUCAACACCAGCGGCCAGGCCAUCCACAGCAACAGUUGCACCAUAUAAUGCAACAGCAACAGCAGGGCAAUAAAAAUCAACUUCAUGGCAAUGUGAAUCAGCUUGGCAUGGGACCAUUAGGCAACAAAAGCCCAAAUUUACAGUCGCCACCACAAUCGAGUUUACCAAAUACAAUUGGCAUGAACGCAAUGCCAAUGUCGAUAGCAAAUAAUGGAACUCAACCGAUGGGCUCGAUGCAAGCAAUGCGUGGCCAAGGUGUUGGCGUUGGCGGCGGUAUGAUUAUGACCAAUAGUAAUAUGGGAUCGAUGGGCAAUGUUGGCAUGGGUGGCGUUGUUAAUAGUCUAAAGCAGCAAUCAAUGGCUUCGGGCGGCAGUAUGAUGAUGAACCCAAAUCAAAUGCAACCAAAUAACCAACAAGGUAUGCAUCAUCCGAUGCAUCAGAAUUCCAUGCAGAACGGCCCAAUGGCGGCUGGCAUUCGCAUGAAUUUGCAGCAACAGCACAUGCCUCCCGGUAUGCCACGUAUGCCUAACCAACUCAUGAUGAACAGUCAACGAAUGGUUCUCAAUCAAUCACAACAGCAACAGCCAACGCCAAUGAACGUUGGUGGUGCUGGUCCUGGCGGUAAUAUGAUGAAUGUAGCGCAAAUGAAUAUGCAACAGCAAAUGUAUGGACCGCAACAAGCACAGCAGCAAUUGCAGAACAAUCAGCCAAUGAUGAACACAAUGGGACCACAGAGAUUGACGUUGCAAGGCAAUCGGAUGGCUGUUUCGCAGCCAGGGAUGAUGAAUUCUGGCAUGCAGCCGCAACCACCCCAACAGCCACAAACACUCCAACAGCCACAGCAACAAAAUCAACAAGUCAUGAUGAAUGACGACCAGCAAAUGAUGGUGAAUGCACAACAGGGCAAUCAGCAACAACAGUCCCAAGGUGCAGGUGUACCAAGUGGUCCACAGCAAAGGCCACAACCGCAGCAACCGAAUCAAAGUAUGCCCGGCCAAUUGCAAACGGAUCCGGAGAAGCGGAAGCUCAUCCAACAGCAAUUGGUGUUAUUGUUGCAUGCGCACAAGUGUCAAAAGCGCGAAAAUGAUAAUCCAAACGGUCAGGAUGCGAACAAGUGUACGUUGCCGCACUGCAAAACCAUGAAAGAAGUUCUAAAUCACAUGACAAAUUGUAAAACGAAUAAAGAUUGUACGGUGCCGCAUUGUUCGUCGUCGCGUCAAAUUAUCAGCCAUUGGAAGAAUUGCAAUCGAUCGGAUUGUCCGGUGUGUUUGCCGUUGAAACAGGCGAACAAAGGAAAUAAUAGUAAUGCUCAAGGGAAUGUCGGUACCACAAAUGCACCAACAAUGAACGUACAAUCCAAUGUUAACACAACGUCAAAUGCACCAACUAGUAUUCCGAAUCUAAAUACUCCAAAUCAGCCAAAUCCGGGCAAUCAGCAAGGUGAUGGGCUGAAUAUUCCAUUGACUGUAAAUGAUGCGCGACGCAACUACGAUUCGUUGAAUAUGAAUCAAUCGGGAGCGGCACCAAACACAAUGUCAACGAAUGCACAAGGAAUGCCACAAAUGGGCGGCACACAAAUGCCAACAAAUCAAAACAUAAUGCCCGGCAUGCGAAAUCCAAAUAAUCAACUCCGUAUGCCCGUACAAGGUAAUUUGAAUGCCGGCAAUAGUAUGAACAGUGCAAAUAUGAAUAGCGCAAACAUUGGCAACGCAAACAUGAACAUGAACAAUGCCAACAUGAAUAAUCCGAAUAUGAACCAAGUUGUGCGUGUGCUGGUGCCACCAAAUCAACAACAGCAACAGCAACAGCCACAGAACUCAAAUCAAAUCAUGCCAAAUCAGAUGCUUAUGAGUCCCGAUAUGAGUGGGGUGAGCGGCAGCGGAAACACCAAUACACAAAACAGUCAAGUCAGUCAAUUGGCAAAUACGCUGGGUUUAAACUCACCCGGAGUCAAUUCAAAUGUCCCAAUGCAGCAGCAAUUGGCGAAUUCACAGCAAAAUCAACAGCAGCAACAGCAACAAGCUGGUCAGUCACAAAAUCAGUCACAAAUAUCGAACAUUCCACAGGUGAGUAUGCAAAACAUUCAAGUGCUGUUCGGAAAUACGGAUAAUCCAAACGGUCCGGGUGCAUCGUUAAGCGCUCUAGGGCCGUUGCCAAUGAAUUCACAAGUGCAAGCAUCGAAUGUGCCGGGCACGAAAGACUGGCACAAUUCAAUCACGUCCGAUCUUCGAAAUCAUUUAGUUCAUAAGUUAGUGCAAGCAAUAUUCCCGACGCCUGAUCCGGCAGCAAUGCUCGACAAGCGAAUGCAUAAUUUGGUUGCGUACGCCAAGAAAGUCGAAGGUGAUAUGUACGAAAUGGCAAAUUCGAGAUCUGAAUACUAUCACCUGUUGGCGGAGAAAAUUUAUAAAAUUCAAAAAGAAUUGGAGGAGAAGCGACAGAAGCGAAAGGAACAACAAAUGCAACAGGCUCAACAAAUGGCACAAAGUCAAGCUGGUACCACUUCCGCUACGGCCACCGCGCCGCAACAAUCCAAUCCACUGCAGACGGGCAUCCAAGCGAACCAGCAACAACAGCAAAUUCGGCCAAAUAGUCAAGGUGGAAUGAGUCAGAUGCAAAAUGUAUCGGGCAUCGUGAGUGCGCUGCAACGAAGCAUGCCAAUGCAACAAUCACCGAUAAUGCCGCCACAGCCAACGUCGCAGAGUCAAAUGCCGAGCCUUGACUCGAGCAUGCAACAGAGCACCGCCAAUAUCAAUCAACCAAAUGUUCCGAACUCCGGCAUUGUGAGUGCACUGCAGCGCGGAGGCGUGAACAAUGUGAACAAUUUAAUGCAAUUGCAACAACAGAUGCACCAACGAUCAAACAUGCCUAUGCAACCAUCACCAAUGAUGUCACAACAGACAACACUCCAAAAUCAAAUGCAGAUCGAUUCGAAUAUUCAGCAAAACGCUGGCAAUGUCAAUCAAUCCAAUGUGCCCGUUCAAAAUGCAGGCAUGGUCAACGCACUGCAAAGAGGAAACCCUCAACAGAUGCAACAGCAAAUGGCCAACAUGCUAUCGCAGCAGAACCAACAACAACAACAACAACAACAGCAGCAGCAGCAGCAGCAACAACAGCAACAGCAACAGCAACAGCAGCAGCAGCAGGAUCAAAAUCAGCAAAUGAUUCAGCAAACACAAAUGCCGCCCAAUCAGCAAGUGAAUUCGAAUCAACCAAAUAGUAUGCAGCAGCAGCCACCGACUCCGAACUCGCAGAAUCAAUCACAAAACACUCCGCAAGCUGUCACUCCACAGCACACACCAAACCAACAAAAUCAAAUGAUCCCAACGCCGCAGCCACCUUCAUUGCCACAACAGAGCCCAUCACCAAAUCGUGGUCCAUCGAGUAAUAUGUCAAACGGGCCGAUUCCGGUGAAUACGCCACAGCCGAAUGCACCGCAAAUGAGUAGCCCGUCGCCAUUGGCAUCGCCAGCGCACACGAAUACGCCUUUAAUGAACACACCGGCCAGUACGCCCACGUCGAAUGUGAUGUCGAUGCAGAAUAGCACAUCGUCAAUGGGUAAAACGAAUUUGGGUGGUGGUCCAAACCAAAAUGAUCGAGCAACACCAAUUCGUACACUGAGCAUGCCCUCGCAAAUGUCUGCCUUAGAAUCAGCAGCGCAAGAGCGCGACGAAGAUUCCCAAUCGCCAAGUGAUAAUAGUAGCGUCAAAGGAAAAUGUGACAUUAAACAAGAACACGAUAUCAAAUCCGAAAUGGAUGAAGAAGCCAAUCUAAUGGAUACGAACAGUAACAAUAGCAACAGCAAUUGUGGCGGCAAAAAUAUCAACAAUGACAUGUCAAACAUUAAAACUGAAUUGAAAACGGAAGCAAUGGACCAAGGCGACAAUAAUUCAGCCGAUAGUGAAAACGACGACAUGAACGACGUCAAAGAUGAAAUCAAAGACGAACCGAUGUCACCGGCUGAUAUAAAACCUAAAGUUGAAAAGAAAUCAACCAUUCCAGAACCAAUCGAACAAGAUAUGACCGAGAAGGAUAAGAAGAAGAAAUGCUUAUUCAAUCCCGAAGAGUUGCAGAAAGCACUGAUGCCAACAUGGGAGAAGAUUUACGUGCCAGAAGAAUCGAUGCCCUUCAGACAGCCGGUCGAUCCGAAUCAACUGGGAAUACCAGACUAUUUCGAUAUCGUACGCAAACCAAUGGAUUUGAGUACGAUCCACACUAAACUGACCAGCGGACAAUAUUCCGAUCCUUGGGAGUAUGUCGACGAUGUUUGGCUGAUGUUCGACAAUGCAUGGCUUUACAAUCGUAAAACAUCACGCGUUUACAAAUAUUGUACAAAGCUUGCGGAAAUUUUCGAACAAGCCAUUGAUCCAGUGAUGCAACAGCUUGGCUACUGCUGUGGCCGAAAAUAUACGUUCAAUCCACAAGUACUGUGUUGCUACGGCAAGCAACUGUGUACAAUUCCACGUGACGCAAAAUAUUACAGCUACUCGACGAGUAACUCGUAUAUGGCGCUCACGAAUCGUUACACCUUCUGCCAAAAGUGCUUCAAUGAUAUACCAGGCGAUAUGGUCACACUAGGCGAUGAUCCCAUGCAGUCGAGCCAAAUUAAAAAGUCCGAAUUCACAGAAAUGAAGAACGACCACUUGGAAUUGGAGCCGUUCGUUGAUUGCCUUGAGUGUGGCCGAAAACAGCAUCAAAUCUGUGUGCUGCAUUUGGAUACAAUUUGGCCAGGUGGAUUUGUGUGUGACAAUUGCCUUCGAAAGAAAGGUGAACGAAGGAAAGAGAAUAAAUUCAAUGCGAAACGUUUGGCACAGACUAAAUUGAGUGUGUACAUAGAGACGCGUGUAAAUAAUUUCUUAAAGAAGAAAGAAGCUGGUGCAGGCGAAGUACACAUUCGAGUCGUGUCCAGUUCGGAUAAAAUUGUUGAAGUGAAACCAGGUAUGCGCAGCCGUUUCGUCGAAUCGGGUGACUUAAAGGCCGAAUUCCCAUAUCGUGCCAAAGCAUUGUUCGCAUUCGAAGAGAUUGACGGCAUCGACGUGUGCUUCUUUGGAAUGCAUGUACAAGAGUACGGUUCCGAAUGUUCGCAUCCAAACACGAGGCGCGUUUAUAUUGCAUAUUUAGAUUCAGUGCAUUUCUUCAAGCCCAGGCAAUAUCGUACGGCCGUUUACCAUGAGAUCCUACUUGGUUACAUGGAUUAUGCGAAGCAAUUAGGUUACACGAUGGCGCACAUUUGGGCUUGUCCACCGUCUGAAGGUGAUGACUAUAUCUUCCAUUGUCAUCCACCGGAUCAGAAGAUUCCAAAGCCAAAACGACUGCAGGAUUGGUACAAAAAGAUGCUGGACAAGGGCAUGAUAGAGCGAACCAUUCAAGAUUACAAAGACAUUCUGAAGCAAGCCAUGGAAGACAAGCUCACAUCAGCCGCAGACUUGCCGUAUUUCGAAGGUGAUUUUUGGCCGAAUGUCCUUGAGGAAAGCAUUAAAGAAUUGGAACAAGCCGAAGAGGAGAAGAAAAAACAAGCCGAAGAAGAGGCUGCUGCCAAUGCGAUAUUUUCCCUGAAUGAAGAUCAUGAUCCACCUCAAGAAGAUAAAAAGAAAGGCCAGAAGAAAGCAAAGAAAUCAAACAAAUCGAAAGCAAAUCAACGGAAAAACAAUAAAAAAUCACACGAGCAACAGAGUGGAAACGAUUUGAGCGCAAAAAUAUUCGCGACCAUGGAAAAACAUAAAGAAGUCUUCUUUGUGAUCCGUUUACACUCAGCACAAUCAGCUGCUAGUUUAGCGCCAAUACAAGAUCCAGACCCACCUAUCAAUUGUGAUCUGAUGGAUGGGCGAGAUUCAUUCCUCACACUUGCCAGAGAUAAACAUUAUGAAUUUUCUUCAUUACGUCGAGCUCAGUACAGUACAUUGUGUAUGCUUUACGAGCUGCAUAAUCAAGGUCAAGAUAAAUUCGUUUACACGUGUAAUCAUUGCAAGAACCACGUUGAAACUCGUUUCCAUUGUACCGUUUGUGACGAUUUCGAUUUGUGUACGGUGUGCAAAGACAAAGUCGGUCACGACCAUAAGAUGGAGAAAUUGGGCUUGGAUUUGGACGAAGAAUCACCAAACGAUUUGAAACAAAUCAAUCCGCAAGAGGCACGCAAGCAAUCGAUUCAACGGUGCAUUCAGUCGUUGGUUCAUGCUUGUCGCUGUCAAGAGCAACAGUGUCGUCAACCUUCGUGCAUGAAAAUGAAAAAGGUUGUGGCACACACAAAAAUUUGCAAACGGAAAACCAACGGCGGUUGCCCGAUCUGCAAACAGCUUAUCGCUUUGUGUUGCUACCACGCAAAACACUGCAACGAAGUCAAGUGUUUGGUUCCGUUCUGUCCGAAUAUCAAGCACAAGCUCAAACAACAGCAGCUGGCUCAAAGAGUACAACAAGCCGAAUUGCUUCGUCGUCGUGUUGCGUUCAUGAACACCCGAACAGCUCCGAUGAUUCCGCCGCAAGCUGCCAUUUGUGGUGGUCAAAAUACAGCAAACACUUUGAUGUCGCAAAUGCAGAGUAAUGCCAUGGCAUCACAGGCGGGCAAGCUAAGCGUUUCACCGAUGCAAGGCAAUCAAAUGGGUAAUCAAAUGAUGGGUAAUCCAAACACAAUGGCUUCGAUGAAUACCAUGAAUAACAGCGGAAUGAUCGGAUCGAAUCCAAUGAUGGGCAACGCAAACCAAAUGCAUCAGCAACAAAUGAACCCGGGCAAUAUGAUGAGCACCGGAAUGAAUAAUCCGAUGGGUGGAAAUAAUCCAAUGAAUCCAGGCAAUAUGAUGAAUGUAAAUAAUCAAAUGGGCGGUGCCAUGAACAACAUGAAUGCCGGAAACCAAAUGCAACAACAGGCGCAACAGAUGAAUACCGGAAACAUGAUGACGAACGCUGGUUCAAUGAAUAUGAACAAUCAAAUGUCUAGCGGCAUGCAAAUGCCAGGGAAUAAUCCGAUGGGAGGAAAUGUAUCGACACCGAAUAUGUCGACCAUGAAUACAGGACAAAUGUCGGCCAAUCCAAUGGGAAGUAACACAUCCCUAGCUAGUCCAGCGUCGGCUGUCUCAUCACCAUUACCUCAUAUGGGCAAUAUGAAUAACUUGGGCAGCCCGCCUGGAAUGGCGAUGAAACCGGGCGCGCAGACACCUCCGGCCAAUGUCCUGCAAGUGGUGAAAGAAGUGCAAGAGGAAGCGGCGAGACAGGGAUGUGGAAGCUUUGGCAAGAACCUACCUGUUGCUGGAUCCAUGCCACCGCCACCCGCCAUGCAACGCGGCCUGAACAUGGGAAUGCAACAGCAAAACACCAUGAUUCCACAGCAGCAGCAGCAGCAACAACAACAAACACAACAGUCAAAUCCACAACAGUCGCCGCAACAGGGCCAACAAGCGAUGGUGAAUGCAAAUCAACAGCAAAGCCCAAUGAAUGUUGGAAACGUUGGAAACGUUGGCAACGUCGGAAACGUUGGAAACGUUGGAAAUGUUGGAAAUGCUGGACCAAGUGGCAAUAUGAUGCAAAUGAACGAUUGGAAUUCACGAUUCCCCAACAACGCCAAUCAAGGUCUCCGUCCACCGAACCCUCAAAUGAUGCAACAAAAUCCACAAAUGCAACAACAACCGCAACAGCAAACGCCACAAAUGAUGAACAUGAGAGCGGGAAUGCAAGGCAUGGGCCAAAAUGCACAGAAUAUUGGUAAUCAAGGGCAUAAGCAGGCAUUGCAACAGCUAAUGAUGACGCUGAAAAAUCAAAGCACAAACAACCCUGAUCAACAGCAACAAAUUCUGAACAUCCUAAAAUCCAAUCCACAGCUCAUGUCAGCAUUUAUCAAGCAGCGACAGCAGGCACAAAAUCAAAAUCCAAAUGCACCUGGCGGAAACGUUCAAGGGAAUAUGUCACAGAUGAUGAGUCCUCAACAGCAUUCGCAGCAGCCACCACAACAGCAGCAACCUCCAAUGCCAGGCCAGAUGGGUGGACCACGGAUGCAAUCCAUGCAAAAUAUGCAAUCGAUGCAACAAAUGGGCCAAAUGCCAGGCAACGCAGCGAAUCAAAUGCAAGGACAAGGGCAGAAUACUCAACAGCAACAGCAAUGGAUAAAAAACCAGAUGAUGAUGCAAAGACAGCAACAGCAGCAACAGCAGCAGCAAAUGCAAAUGCAGGGUAAUUACCCACCACCAUAUUCGCAACAUUCGCAACGAAUGAGAAUGCAAUUCCAACCAGGCAGCGGGAACAUUGGAAAUGAUCAACAACAAUUCGGUAUGAAUAGAAUGCAACACAAUCAACAAGGAGUGAUGGGCCCACCAACUCCACAAUCGAUGAUGCAACAGCAACUGAUGCAAUCGGUUCGAUCUCCACCGCCAAAUCGUAGCCCACAAUCGAAUCCCUCACCACGAGCCCAACCGUCAGCGUCGCCGCGAGCUCAACCGUCUCCUCAUCUGCCGAGUCAUUCGCCGGCUCCUCAAAUGGGUGGCAAUCAGCAGCCCGGAAACGCUGACAUGCACAUGCAUCCACAUCAAUCACCAAUAUCAAAUAUGCCGACUGACAACAUGAACGUGCCUGGUGGCAAUAUGAAUGUACAAGGCGGUAUGGAUAAUAUGCCAGGGAUGACACCUCAAGAUCAACUCACCAAAUUCGUCGAACAAUUGUAGUAAUAUUUCGUAUUUUGUUGCCAAUUAAUAUGCAUUGUAUGCGCAUGUAAUCAACGAUACAUGCGUCGAAUUCCACAUUUAGUCAAAUUUACAAUUUAAGCCAAAAAAAAAACACAAGAAAAUACGAAGGGGCGAAAGAAAGAAAAGAUGGCGAUGAAAACACAAAACUGAAUAUCGACGAAUAGCUCAGAAGCGAAGAAAAUGAGCAAAAAAAAGAAAAUAGUCUGUUUGGCUUUUUGGCAACCAAUAUUGGUGUUCUGCCUUAAUUUGUUUCUCAUAUAUAAUUAUUAUCUAUUCGCUUUAAGUGUAUUUAUUUAAUUCCUUUCAAACAAAAACAAAACAAAACUCAUUUCUUUUUUUUUUAUUUUUAUUAUUUCUAUCGAUAUAUCAUUACUAUGUAUAUAAGUAACAUAUAUAUUUCAUUGAAGCUAACAUUUUUAAAAAAAAAAAUUAACAAAGUGAAACGCAUCAGAAGUGGAACUCAAGAUAAACAAAAGAAAAACAAUAUUAGAUUUUAUUUAGGUUCAUGUACAUAAAUUUAACAAACAAAAAAUGAAAAGAAAAAAACCAAUAUUAUAAAGAACAUGAAAACCAGUUGAGAAAUUGAGUUCAGUUUUAGAAUUAUUUGAUUGUAGAAAAUGAAAAUUGUGUCCGACGCGAACCAAUUCGGAUUUGAUAUACAUUGCAAUGUGAAAAGAAGACACACAUACACACACAGAUGGAAAUUGCAGUAAAUGUGAUGACAAACGGACGAUGAUCUUGUGCAGAAAAAAAUAAAACACGUUGACAGUUGAUCAAAUGACCUAA